AUGCUUGAUUUUAACUCCACUGCAUUCAUCAAUCCUAGUACCUUCAUCCUGGUGGGCAUACCCGGCCUAGAAGACUGGCAUAUUUGGAUUUCCAUCCCUUUCUGCUCAAUGUAUGUUGUUGCCCUCAUGGGAAACAUACUCAUCCUUUUUGUCAUCAAAACUGAGGCUGUUCUCCACGAACCUAUGUUCUAUUUUCUUUCCAUGCUGGCCAUCACAGACCUCAUCUUGUCAACUUCUACUCUUCCCAAGAUGUUGGGUGUAUUUUGGUUCAGUCUCCAUGAAAUAAAUUUCCAUGCCUGCCUCACACAGAUGUUUUUCAUCCAUGCUUUCUCUGGGGUGGAGUCAGGGCUGCUCGUGGCCAUGGCACUUGACCGGUAUGUGGCGAUCUGCAGUCCUCUGAGACAUUCAUCCAUUCUGACAAAUUCUGUGGUGGCUCAGAUUGGCUUAGUGGCACUUGUACGUGGGUUAGUGCUAAUGAUGCCACAUCCCUUCCUGGUAAGGAGAUGGCCAUAUUGCCUGUCCAAUGUAGUCCCUCACACAUACUGUGAACACAUGGCUGUGGUGAAAUUGGCUUGUGCUGACAUUUCCAUCAAUAGUCAUUAUAGUCUGGCAGUCAUUAUCUUAAUUGUUGGGACUGAUGUGACAUGCCUCUCUCUGUCCUAUGUGCAGAUACUCCAUACUGUAUUCAAUCUCCCUUCUAAAGAAGCCAGGUUGAAGACCCUCAGCACUUGUGGUUCCCAUAUUUGUGUCAUCCUCACCUUCUACAUCCCUGCUCUUUUCUCCUUCCUUACUCAUCGUUUCAGUAACCAUAUACCACCCCAUACUCACAUCCUGCUGGCCAACAUGUACUUGUUGGCACCCCCUAUGCUGAACCCCAUCAUCUAUGGAGUAAGGACCAAGCAGAUCCGAGAAUGUGUUCUACAACUAUUCAUGACUAAAAUUAGCUGA